AUGAUCACCAAAGAGGCUCCAAGAGAUGCAAUAGAUGUUCUUCUAAAUGACACAAGUGGUCAAUUAACAGAUGAUCUAAUAGCUGGUAACAAUAUAGAUAUGAUGAUCCCAGGAGAGGAUUCAGUUCUUGUUCUUUUGACUCUUCCAGUGAAAUAUCUCUCAGAUUGUCCUGCUGCCCUACAACAGUUACUGGAGGAGAACAUAAAGUUAAAAAGACUCAAAGAUCAGCUUAGGGAGCCACUGUGUUGGAGUGACUACUUAUCUUUACCAUUUACACAAACGGUCAUCACAGAAACACUAAGGUUAGGGAACAUUAUCAUUGGUGUGAUGACACUAGCAAUUGUAACUUCACCCCAUUUGGAGGUGACCAGAGGCUAUGCCCUGGGAUUGACUUGGCUAGAUUGGAAGCUUCCAUCUUUCUACACCCCUUUGUCACUCAAUUCAGGGGAGGCAGUAUUUAUGGCUUUUCAGCACUACAUUUUGGCCCUUGGAACUACAGUGAUGAUCCCUUCUUUCCUUGUUCCUUACAUGGGUGGUACUGAUGCAGUGUAUUUUGCUUUAAUGAGCAUUGGCAGCUCAUUUCAUGCUCAAGAAACUGCUUGGAGUUUUGUUGUCUCAGUUCACGUUUUGGUAGCAUGA